AUGGCUUUCAAAUUUGUGAUCCUCGCAGCCUUUGCAGCUGUAGCCAACGCCGGUGUCAUCGGCUAUGAACCUCACCAUGCUCAGCACUACUCUGAUGCCACCGCAGUGUCGUACUCCAGCGUAUCUGCGCCGGUAUCUGCUCACCACGCUGCCCCAGUCAAAUACGCCGCACCUGUUGUCAAAUAUGCCGCUCCUGUUGUUAAGUAUGCCGCCACAGUUGUUAAAUAUUCUGCUCCAGUAGCCUACGCUGCCCCACACCACCAUGAACAUGAGGAAUAUUAUGCCCCAGCUCACUACGAAUUUGCUUACAAUGUGCAGGAUCCUCACACUGGUGACUUCAAAGAACAACAUGAAACUCGUGAAGGAGACGUAGUCAAAGGUAUGUACUCUUUGGUUGAAGCUGACGGUACCAAGCGUAUUGUAGAAUACACUGCUGACGAACACAACGGUUUCAACGCAGUGGUCCACAAGGAAGGAACUCCAGUUGUCAAAGCCGCUGUACCAGUUGUUGCAAAGUACGCAGCUCCCGUGGUCGCUAAGCUAGCCGCCCCUGUUGCUUAUGCUGCACCAUCUCAUGGACACUACUACCAUUAA